AUGGAUUUGGAGCCAGGCACCGUGGGCAGCGUCCGCGCUGGACCUUUUGGCCAGCUCUUCCGCCCAGACGACUUGGAAUUUGGCGAGGGGGCUGACGAGGCAGAGGCCACGGCGGGCAGGCAGAGGGGUGGAAGCAACACCCCUGGGCGGGCCCAGAGCCCAGGAGCCGGCCGCGCGGCGAUGGAGCCGAUCUGGUGCCACAACUGCGGCUCCGGCGACAUGGCGUGGGGCGCGGCGCGCCAGGCGGCCGAGGCAGGCGUGGCGGCGGUCAUCCUGCAGGAGCACAUGCUGCUGGGCAAGAAACCGGCAAGUUUCGUCCGCUACUGCGACAAGCUCGGCUACCGUGCCUUCGUCCAGGAUGCGGCGCCGAAGGCGGGCGAGAAGGGCUGCCGGGGUGGCGCCGCGACGCUGGUGUCGAAACGGCUCCGCUCGGCAACGCUGCACGCGUGGAGCGACAAGGACUGUUUUUUCCAGCUUGUCACGGCAGGCCCCCUUCACCUGGGCAAUGCCUACAUCCCGCCGUCGGAGGACAGGGCGGCGUGUUUGGCAGAGAUCGCCCAAGUCCUGGCCAGCCUCUGCCCGGUCCGGUGGCUGAUCAGCGGUGACUGGAACGACGUCCCGGCCGAGAAUGCGCUCGCGCUCCUCCUUGAAGAGCGCGGCGGCGAGGUGGUGGCCGCGCGGGGCGCGCAGGGGAACGAGGUCGCGACAAGGUGGAGAGGCACCAGGUGCGCCGACAAUUUCCUUGCGAACUGCGGCGAGGCGCGGGCGGAGGGCUUUGCAGACGCCACCUCCUCGGACCACAAGGUGGUGCGCACGGCGGUCGCCUUCAGAACGCGCUCGGCCAGGCAAGGGGUUACCGACGGAAUGCUCAGGAAGCGGCAGCGCACGGUGGACUUGGCUCGCCCAGCGGAGGAGGCCGCGGUGGUCGACCGCCUGCGGUGCUCCACCAUGAUCGCAUUGGAAGGGGCCCUCCGGGGCGCGCGCCGGGAGCUGUAUCGCAGGGAGGGCAAAGAUCCGGCCUUGGAGGACCUGGGCUGGGGGCGGUCGAAGAUGCGCCAGCACUUGGUGCAACCGCAGGACAGGGCGUCGCAUGACUUCGGCACCGAGAGCGGGCGCGCGAUCCUUGCCCAGGCCACCCAGGUCACUCGGCUGAAGCAUCUGGGAUGGCUGGAGGCGCGCGGCCAGAGUGCGAGCGAGGAGGCGCGCAGGCUGCGGCAGCUACUUUGGACCGAGGAGGAAACCGGGGCAGGGCGCCGGAGCCCCCAGGGGGACACCGAGGCGGCGGCGGAGCGCCUGUUGGAAGAGAUGCGCCAGGGGUGCGCCACGAGUACCAUGCAGGAGACCUUGGAGUGCCUGCAGGCCCGCUGGAUGGUGGUUUGGGACAGGGAGCGACAACGGCCGGACGAGGUCGUGGACGCCCUCGCGGAGGUGCUCCCCGCGGUGCAGCCAGCCUGGAUCGAGGCAGUCAACGCUGCGCAGCUGCGCGACGCGGCCCAGCGGCAGCGAGGGGCCGCGUGCGGCGCGGACGGCUCGAGCGGCACGGAGCUUGCAGACCUGCCGCUGGAGAUCUGGCGCCACCUGGCGCGGGUGCUGCGCUACGUCGAGGAGGCGGGCGCCCCCCCGGAAGCCUGGGCCCGGGCCAGGGCCGUGUUCCUGCCCAG